AUGUCUUGGGUUGUCAGUCGUUCUCGUUUCAAGAGAGAUAUCAAUAAACUUCCAAGUCAUCUCAAGCAACAGUGGUUGAAACAACAAGAAGCGACUUCUUUACCAACAUUCAAGGGGUUCUUCCCAGAAAGAUUACCUAGAUCACAACAAAAGACCAGAUUUGAGGCUGGCAUCACCGAAGGGGACUUGGCAUAUGUGACAGAAGGAAAGCACAAAGGUAAAGUUGCCGAAGUUUUAGCGUACAGUCCUGAAUUUGACUCGGUGUCUUUGGCCAACAUCUCUACUAAAAAGCUUUUGCCCAAACCAUUUUGGCCUGAAGGUCAAACAUCCCAUGUAUACGACUUUCCCGAUUAUAUACCAAGGAGUAAAGUUAGAGUGGUUGGAAAAAGUAAAGAGGAGGGGAGAAUCUCGUACAUCGUUGCCGAAGAAGUUGUAAUGGGGAAACCUUACUACGACGAUAGGUACAAAAGAUGGAUUCCCGAAAGAUAUAUAAAGCAUCAUGAUUAUUUGUUACCUUGGCCAACUCCUGCCAAAAUCAAUGAAGGAGACUUGUCCACGCCUGAGAAUAUAGCGACGGAAAGGACUUUCGAGUUUAACACAAUUGGGAAGUCAUCGAUACCAAAACAAUUGGUCAAUCAGUUAAGAAACCCUUACAGCAAAUACAAAAAGAGGGUGCUUGAUGGUUUGCAAGUGGCAAAACUCCAUGGUCCUGAAAUGCCAUUGACAAUUGAGCAAAAGAUAUGGUUAGCAAAAGAAGCUGAAAAACCAAAGAAGAAGUUGUACCCAUUAUCGGAAGAAGUUAGGGAAUUCAUUGGAUCAAAGAUGGCAGAACACAUGAAUAAGAUCGAAAGUCCAGAGUUGCGUCAUCACUUGGAAACAUUGUCGAACGUGAAAAUACCUGAUUUUGAAAAGACUUCAAAGAUGAUUGAGGAGACAAAGAAUGAAGAGGAUUUGGCAAAUAAAGAAAGUCAAAAUUGA